UCCGGGGCAACACAGCCAUGUGCUCGUUAGCGUCGGGCUCUGCGGGCGGCCGGGGCGCUGUGGAGGACGAGGACGACCUGCCAGAGCUGUCCGACAGCGGUGACGAGGCCGCCUGGGAGGACGAGGACGAUGCUGAGCUCCCCCACGACAAGCAGCAGACCCCCUGCCUGUUCUGUGACAGGUUAUUUACAUCUGCUGAAGAAACGUUUUCACACUGUAAGUCUGAGCAUCAAUUUAAUAUUGAUAACAUGGUCCAUAAACAUGGACUUGAAUUUUAUGGAUACAUUAAACUAAUAAAUUUUAUUAGACUUAAGAAUCCUACAGUUGAGUAUAUGAAUUCCAUAUACAACCCAGUGCCUUGGGAGAAAGAAGAGUAUUUGAAGCCAGUAUUAGAAGAUGACCUAUUACUUCAAUUUGAUGUGGAAGAUCUUUAUGAACCAGUGUCAGUGCCAUUCUCAUACCCCAAUGGACUCAGUGAAAACACAUCUGUUGUUGAGAAGUUGAAACAUAUGGAAGCCAGGGCACUGUCUGCUGAAGCUGCAUUAGCUAGAGCGCGUGAGGAUCUGCAAAGAAUGAAACAAUUUGCUCAGGAUUUUGUGAUGAACGCAGAUGUCAGAACCUGCUCGUCAUCUGCCAUUGCAGACCUCCAGGAAGAUGAGGAUGGUGUUUAUUUCAGCUCAUACGGGCAUUAUGGGAUACAUGAAGAAAUGCUGAAGGACAAAGUACGAACAGAAAGUUACCGAGAUUUUAUAUACCAAAAUCCACAUAUCUUCAAAGACAAGGUAGUUCUGGAUGUUGGUUGUGGAACUGGAAUUCUCUCUAUGUUUGCAGCUAAAGCUGGGGCAAAGAAGGUUCUUGGAGUUGAUCAGUCUGAAAUACUUUACCAGGCAAUGGAUAUCAUAAGACUAAAUAAACUUGAAGAUACUAUUAUACUAAUUAAAGGAAAGAUUGAAGAAGUUUGCCUUCCUGUAGAAAAAGUAGAUGUUAUUAUAUCUGAGUGGAUGGGCUAUUUUCUUCUUUUUGAGUCUAUGUUAGAUUCUGUCCUUUAUGCGAAGAACAAAUACUUGGCAAAAGGAGGAUCGGUCUACCCUGAUAUUUGCACUAUCAGCCUUGUGGCAGUAAGUGAUAUGAAUAAACAUGCUGAUAGAAUUGCUUUUUGGGAUAAUGUUUAUGGCUUCAACAUGUCCUGUAUGAAGAAAGCAGUUAUUCCAGAAGCUGUUGUGGAAGUUUUAGAUCCGAAGACUCUUAUUUCAGAUGCUUGUAGUAUUAAGCAAAUAGAUUGCCAUACAACAUCUGUCUCAGCUUUGGAAUUUUCUUCGAAUUUUACCCUGCAAAUUACAAAGACAUCCAUGUGCACGGCAAUUGCUGGCUACUUUGAUAUAUAUUUUGAGAAGGAUUGUCACAGCAGGGUCGUGUUCUCCACGGGCCCCCAGAGUGCCAGAACACACUGGAAACAAACAAUAUUUCUAUUGGAAAAGCCAUUUUCAGUUAAAGCAGGUGAAGCCUUGAAAGGAAAGAUCACAGUCCACAAGAAUAAGAAAGAUCCACGUUCUCUCAUUGUGACCCUCACAUUGAAUAAUUCAACUCAAACUUAUGGUCUCCAGUGAAAAGACUACAAAAGCACAACUAACUUGGGGUUUUAUGUGAGCAUGUGGAUGGAUGAUGGAUCCUUUCUUAAUGAGUCUCCUCAAUACUAGAGACACAUGGUAGGAAUCUGAUAUAAUUCAGCUAAGGAAAGGAACAACAGAUCCUAGUGGACCACCUACAUAAUCACAGUCUUGGAAGUCUGGUCAGCAAGAUUUUACUAAAUGUAACCAUUAUAUUGAGUAUAACUAUACUGAAAAUCAUUUAAAUAGGCCUAAAUUUGAAACAGAGAUAGUCUUUUGUUGUUUUUAAUGUUUCUUACUAUAAAUUUUAAACACGAGUAACUGAUUAUU